AUGUACUGCGCUCGACUUGCACUUCCUCUUGCACGAGUCCUGGUCCAACGUGCUCCUAUUCUUGUAAGGGCUGAAGCUGCAGCAGCCGCUCGUUGCUUCCACACCUCAGUAGCGCGACGGGAUAUUGACAGCGCAGCCAAAUACAUUGGCGCAGGUGCUGCAACUGUUGGCGUUGCUGGAUCUGGAGCAGGGAUUGGUAACGUAUUUGGUGCAUUAGUUAUUGGUUACGCCCGAAACCCUUCUUUGAAGCAGCAAUUGUUCUCAUACGCAAUUUUAGGAUUUGCGCUUUCUGAAGCUAUGGGGUUGUUUUGUUUGACUAUGGGCUUCUUAAUCUUGUUUGCUUUUUGA